AUGGAGACUACUCCUACAGUAGGGAGACUACUCCUACAGAAUGGAGACUACUCCUACAGACUACUCCUACAGCAGGGAGACUACUCCUACGGCACGGAGACCACUCCUACAGACUACUCCUACAGAAUGGAGACUACUCCUACAGACUACUCCUACGGCACGGAGACUACUCCUACAGAAUGGAGACUACUCCUACAGCAGGGAGACUACUCCUACGGCACGGAGACUACUCCUACAGUAUGGAGACUACUCCUACAGCACGGAGACUACUCCUACAGACUACUCCUACGGCACGGAGACUACUCCUACAGAAUGGAGACUACUCCUACAGCACGGAGACUACUCCUACAGACUACUCCUACGGCACGGAGACUACUCCUACAGAAUGGAGACUACUCCUACAGCACGGAGACUACUCCUACAGACUACUCCUACGGCAUGAAGACUACUCCAACAGACUACUCCUACAGCACGGAGACUACUCCAACAGACUACUCCUACAGCACGGAGACUACUCCUACAGCACGGAGAGUACUCCUACAGAAUGGAGACCACUCCUACAGCAGAGAGACUACUCCUACAGUAGAGAGACUGCUCCUACAGCAGGGAGACUGCUCCUACAGCAGGGAGACUGCUCCUACAGCAGGGAGACUGCUCCUACGGCAGGGAGACUACUCCUACAGCAGGGAGACUACUCCUACAGACUACUCCUACGGCAGAGAGACUGCUCCUACGGCAGAGAGACUGCUCCUACGGCAGAGAGACUGCUCCUACGGCAGAGAGACUGCUCCUACGGCAGAGAGACUGCUCCUACGGCAGAGAGACUGCUCCUACGGCAGGGAGACUGCUCCUACGGCAGGGAGACUGCUCCUACGGCAGGGAGACUGCUCCUACGGCAGAGAGACUGCUCCUACGGGAGACUACUCCUACAGACUACUCCUACAGCACGGUGACUACUCCUACAGCACAGAGACUACUCCUACAGACUACUCCUACGGCACGAAGACUACUCCAACAGACUAUUCCUACAGCACGGAGACUACUCCAACAGAAUACUCCUACAGCACGGAGACUACUCCUACAGCAGAGAGACUACUCCUACAGCAGGGAGACUACUCCUACGGCAGAGACUGCUCCUACAGCAGGGAGACUACUCCUACAGACUACUCCUACGGCAGAGAGACUGCUCCUACGGCAGAGAGACUGCUCCUACGGCAGAGAGACUACUCCUACAGUAGAGAGACUACUCCUACGGCAGAGAGACUGCUCCUACAGCAGGGAGACUACUCCUACAGACUACUCCUACGGCAGAGAGACUUCUCCUACAGACUACUCCUACAGACUACUCCUACAGCAGGGAGACUACUCCUACAGACUACUCCUACAGCAGGGAGACUACUCCUACAGACUGCUCCUACGGCAGAGAGACUACUCCUACAGACUACUCCUACAGACUGCUCCUACGGCAGAGAGACUACUCCUACAGACUACUCCUACAGACUGCUCCUACGGCAGAGAGACUACUCCUACGGCAGAGAGACUACUCCUACAGACUUCUCCUACAGACUACUCCUACAGAGAGCUCCUACGGCAGAGAGACUACUCCUACAGACUACUCCUACAGACUGCUCCUACGGCAGAGAGACGACUCCCACAGACUACUCCUACAGACUACUCCUACGGCAGAGAGACUACUCCUACGGCAGGGAGACUACUCCUACGGCAGGGAGACUACUCCUACGGCAGGGAGACUACUCCUACGGCAGGGAGACUACUCCUACGGCAGGGAGACUACUCCUACGGCAGGGAGACUACUCCUACGGCAGGGAGACUACUCCUACGGCAGGGAGACUUCUCCUACGGCAGAGAGACUACUCCUACGGCAGAGAGACUACUCCUACGGCAUGGAGACUACUCCUACGGCAGGGAGACUACUCCUACGGCAGAGAGACUACUCCUACGGCAGAGAGACUACUCCUACAGCAGGGAGACUGCUCCAACAGCAGGAACGGAUCACUCAUCAAGACAUUGAAGGUCUAUUUAAUGGUGCACAGCAAACUAUGGAGCUUUACUACGUUGCUAUCUGCACCAAGAGGGUUAGCAGCAGGGACGUGGAAAACUGGUUGUCCUAAGAUGGAUUACUGACAACUUCCAUUAACGGUUGUUAACCCGUACAAAAAUAUGGUCACCAGGCUGCUCGUUAUGGCGCACACCUGUCACCAUC